AUGACAUCGCCGCUGAAACCUUGGGAGUCCAACUCUUUGCAAAACGCGUCUCAAAUUCGCUCCUCGCACAAUUUGCGCGAUGUUCCAAUGGCUGGGCGCAGCGCCCCCGUGUUGCCCCCUUUGCCUCGGACGUCGCCCAUGGUGGCCUCGUCCGCCUACAGCUCUUACAUGCCUUAUUCUAGUGGUUAUAGCAGUCUGGGGUACGGCAUGCCGUACCGCAGCUCCCUGUACAAUUCCUACGGCUCGUAUGGGGGCUACAACAGCUACAACAUGUACGGCAUGGGGGGUUACCCCAGUUUUGGGGUAAACGACGACGCCGAGCGUCGCUUUAUCCAAUACGCGGAGGAAAGUUCACGCAACACUUUCGCAAGUGUGGAAAGUAUAGUCCGUGCCGUUAACAGCAUUUCUAUGAUGCUUGACAACACAUUUUUCGCUAUGACGAGUUCGUUCAGGGCCGUACUCAGCGUGGCCGACAACUUCGGGCGCCUCCGCUCCAUGUUCGGCCACAUCUGGUACUCCAUAAACAUUUUCCGCUUGUUUAAUUGGCUGUACCGCAAAUUCAUGUGGCUGAUUGGCCGCAAGGUGCCCAAUAGCGCCACUUCUCUGGCGUGGAGGCAGGCCAGUGGGGCGCCGCCCACUGGGCCCGCCCCCGGCUCCAGUUGGCCAACUCUUGCGUUUCUGGGCGUUUUGGUCUCGGCGCCGUACAUUAUCAGCAAAUUCCUCCCCAAAUAUGAAGAUAAGUGUGAUCCAGCCAAUUGGAAAAGUCCAGGCGUUAGGGCGAAGGCGGCGUUUGAUUUCGUGGCCCGGAGUCAGAAUGAGAUGAGCGUUCAGACGAAUGAUGAACUGACUUUGGCGCCCACUUAUGUGCAGGAGGAAAUGAAUUUGAGGAAUACGGGGUGGGCGUUUGCUGUGGCCAAUGGCCGGUCGGGGGUGGUGCCGUUGAAUUACCUCGUGAUUAGCAAGGCGGGGCCGAGGGAGGGGACAGAGGAGGUGCCAGUACCUAGGGUUUUUAAUAAAACGCACACGAAACGUGUCAGUUUUGGGGAGAAUCAAGUUUUUGAAAACGUUGAUUUGGACGAUUAUGUUACGGGGAAAAAGGAAAUAAAGGGGGUAGAUGAUAUUAAAAACUCUGUUAAAGAAGGGGUAGAUGAUAAUAAAUAUUCUCUCAAAGAGGUAAGUGAUAGUAAAAAAGACGAACAGCAAAAUAAAGGCGAAAAUGAAAUAACCAAUCAAGUUGAAACCAAAAAAGUCGAGUCAAAUUAAGUUUUAUUGCAUUUGUUGUGUAGUUGUUUUGUCACUCAAUUAGCUAAGGUGAGAGAACUGAUUUUAUAUGUACUAUUUCAAUUUUUUACGAUCUAGCUAGGUGAUAUGUGAACUACUUAGGUUAUGUGUUAUUUUUUAUUGGAGUUUGCUUCAAAUAAAGUUUUAUUGCUCAA